AUGGUCAACGGGGGAUAUGCCACCACCAUUUCCGGCAUUAUGAAAAUUAUUGGAGCCAUACUUGGCUUAGUCACAAUGAUUGUCAUUGCGACUACCGUGAAUGUCGCAUGGGAGAUAGGCGGCUAUCUGCUCUUUGCCUCGAUUUACGUCUGGAUCAUGUGUCUGCUGUUGCUUCUCCUGCACAUAUUCGAGGUCGAUGGAAAUCAAGGCAUGAGGAUCUUUGAGGCAGUUGCUCUGGGCUUGAUGGUCUUGUUCGUCUUCAUCGCGUUCAUUAUUGCUGCCGUGUAUGCUGGCAGGGCAAACGAUGGAGUGUUUGCAGGAUUCAAUAGGCUUGGCCUUGGUAAUCUCGCAGCUGCUCUUAUCGCCAUAACGGUUCUCUUCUUUAUACUUCUUGUCACAUCAAUCGUGGACCUUGUCUUUCAUGUACGUACAAUGGUUUGA